AUGGCGCUGACGUGCCUUGCCUUCGCGCCGUGGUGCCGCUUGCGCCUGGUGUCCCAGCUGCCCUUCGGCACCGGCGAUCGCGUGAUGGUCGUGUCCGGAAGCUCGCAGGCGCAGUGCGGGAAGGGCAUCGAGGGCUUCGAGGUGGCCCCAGACGCCGACAGUUUUACGGGCAGCGGCGCCAGCCACGUCGCCCAUUUCUACAUGGUGAGCGAAGGCCAGCCUGGGCCCCUCAUCGUCUGCUACUGCCACCAG